AUGGUCACCUCACCGCUCUCGCCUCGCGGCCUCUUCCUCCUGUGCCUCGCCGCAGCCGCCACCACCUACGCAGCUCCUGCCCCAUCCCCUGAUGUCUCAGUCUCCUCGUCAUCCAAGUCACCCCGCACUUACCCCAUCGUCAAGAAGCGCACACCGACGCGCACCGGCGAUGACCUUCUCUCAUGGGCGAACAACCACCGUUCCCACCUGCAAGGAAAAUACGGCUUCGAGACUGCCACCUCCUCGUCUUCGAAGCGACGUGACGUGGGUGUCGCCCCCCUGGUGAAUUACCAACACGACUCCACCUGGUACGCCACCUUCGAGGUCGGCACACCUGCCAAAGCCCUGAACCUUGUAUUGGACACGGGCUCGUCAGACAUCUGGGUCUCCGCCUCCAACUUCACGCCCUCGGCCUCCUCCACCUUCAGUAAUGCCUCCUCCGCCUUCUCCAUCACCUAUGGCUCAGGGGCGGUCAAUGGGUACGAGGCGAGGGACACCUUCACCUUGGCGGGGCAUACAGUACCUGGCAUGCCUUUUGCCGUUGCGACGGAGGUGUCGUCCAACUUGGAGGACGAUGUCACCUCUGGAAUCGCUGGCUUGGGCUUCCAAGCACUAAGCAGUGCGAAUUCCGUGCCGUUCUGGCAGGCCGCAAACGAGAGCGAGUUCAGCUUCUACCUGCAGCGUAGCCCCAGCACGGACGAUGUUACCGUCUCCACGGGCGGCUACUUCACCCUCGGCGGAACCAACACCUCUCUGUACCAAGGCGACAUCAACUGGAGCAACGUCAUCUCCAAGACUUAUUGGCUCAUCACUCUCGGCGGCGUCUCCGUAGCAGAUUCUUCCAUCGACAUCGGGUCGACGAACAAGGCUGCCAUUGACUCAGGCACAACUCUGAUUGGUGGGCCAGAGUCGGUCAUCGCCGCCAUGUACAGCAAAAUUGAUGGAGCCUCGGCAAUCGAGGGCGCGGAUGGCUACUACCAAUAUCCGUGCGAUUCGUCCGUCAAUGCCACCCUAACUUUUGGUAACCAGCAGUACAGCUUGGGCAGCGACCAAUUCGAGGUGGCCGCGCUCGACUCGUCAGGAGAAUACUGCAUGGGCGCCUUCUUCUCCGUUGGGUCCACAUCUGCCUCUACGCUGCAGUGGAUCGUGGGCGACGCGUUCCUUUCGUCGGUCUACACCAUCAUGCAGAAUGGAGACACGGCGAGAGUUGGAUUUGCUGCGCUUGCGGAUGGACUGAACGACGGCGGCGCCUCGAGUACGACGGUCGCGAGGACGCAGCCUGCCACAACGUCGGGGGCAGCGCAGCACAAGGCGAUGGCUGCUCAGCUCGCCGUGAUGGCCGUCCUUGCAGCAGUUGUGGGACAAGCGCUCCUUUGCUAA